AUGUGUGCUGAUGAGGAUGUUUGUUUGUACGUUUAUAUUUUUCUUAAUGUGCGGUACCCUGUGGGAACACCUGAGGUGCCUCUUGCGAUAUCAGAAAGUUCAGGAAUCACCAUUCUAGGAUCUACAACUACAGGUGCUCAAGUUGGCUACAAACGAAGUGCUUUUAUUGGAAGUUGUAAAUACCAUGUAUGGCAAGCUAUAAGGGCAUCUUCUGCUGCCCCAUAUUAUCUUGAUGACUUCUCUGAUGAUGUGUACCGCUGGCAAGAUGGUGCUAUAGUGGCAAACAAUCCGACAAUCUUUUCCAUAAGAGAAGCGCAACUUUUGUGGCCUGAUGCAAAAAUUGACUGUUUAGUUUCAAUUGGUUGUGGCUCUGUGCCUACAAAGGCACGGAAAGGUGGUUGGCGCUAUCUAGAUACUGGGCAAGUGCUGAUUGAGAGUGCAUGCUCUGUGGACCGAGUCGAGGAAGCUUUGAGUACAUUGUUACCUAUGCUCCCUGAGAUCCAAUACUUUCAGUUUAAUCCAGUUGAUGAACGUUGUGACAUGGAGCUGGAUGAGACUGAUCCAACAGUUUGGCUGAAGCUGGAAGCUGCUGUAAAGGACUACAUCCAAAAAAAUUCGGAGUCCUUCAAGAAUGCAUGUGAAAGACUCCUUCUACCCUUUGCACAUGAUGAGAAGUGGACGGAGAAUUUGAAAUCUCUAACACUUUUCCAGGUCAAAGGCAUCAAAUGCAGAUGAGAAUAACCCUUCAUUAGGUUGGAGACGAAAUGUACUACUUGUUGAAGCAUUGCAUAGUCCUGAUUCGGGAAGAACUGUGCACCAUGCU